AUGUUCUUAUUUGGAUGCACUUUUUGUUCACAUCCUGAUGAUGGGAGUCAUUGCACAAUAGAAGAUGUUAAUAGCGGACAAUGUGAAUGUGAACGUGCAAAUUAUGAUACUCUUUUCUCUGCUUUUUUGACUGUUUUUCAGAUUUUGACUUGUGAGGAUUGGAAUAUGGUUUUGUUUAAUGGAAUGUCACAUACAACUCCAUGGGCAGCUCUUUAUUUUGUUACUCUUAUGACUUUUGGUAAUUAUGUCCUCUUUAAUCUUUUGGUUGCCAUUCUUGUUGAAGGCUUUCAAGAAAGCAAGGAGGAAGAGAAGCGUCAAUUGGAGGAAGAAGCUCUCAAGAGAGCAGAGGAGGAAGAGAAUGAACGAAAAAUGGAAUUGGAAAUGCUUAUUGCCAGAACUACUUUAAAUGCUUUUUUGAAGAAGAAAUGUAGUUGUGGCCAAGACAAUAUUACGGUUGUUCGAGAACAAUUAGGAAAGAAAAUUAUUGAGAAUGAACGAAGGAAGUCUCGUCAAUUCUCAAUUUCUGUUGAUAACAAGGAUCUUAUGGAUGUUCGACAACAACAGAGACGCAGAAGAGAAAGUUAUGCGCCUGGAAGAAGAUUAACAUGGCAACGGCAUUCAUCUUUAUCAGUGCCAAGAGGACCUCAUAUUGAUGGUAUGCACCAGCUGUUAAUUAAUCCAAAAAAUUUUCAUCAACCUGUUGAGCAAUCCCAAUCAGAAGGAGAAAGGCCGCGAUUGGCGAGCUGGUCUAACUCGCAAUUCAACUCUUCUCAUUCACUCAAUGUGCAUUCCUCUCUCUUUGAUCCUCAGUGUCCAUUGCAUGGACAUCGUGCAAUUCUGGAAGCUUAUACACGAGAAAAAUACCUCAAAGCAAGUGAAGAACUACAACAUGCUUUGGCGGAAGAACAAGAUAGAGUCCAACAAAAAAGAAAUAUUUGGUGGAGAAGAUUAUUUAGAAAAACCUUUUUGUAUAAGAGGUCGGAUCAUUCCCUGUUUUUGUUAUCAAGGAACAAUAUUAUUAGAGAGAAUUGUUUUCGUCUUACUCAACGCAAAUGGUUUGACUAUGUAAUUUUAAUGUGUAUAAGCUUGAAUUGUGUUACUCUUGCAAUGGAAAGGCCAAGUAUUCCACCUCAAAGUGCCGAACGUUUCUUUCUUUCAAUAACUGGUUAUGCCUUUACUCUUAUAUUUACCCUUGAAAUGGUUGCUAAAAUUAUUGCAAAUGGUUGCUUUUAUGGUUCAGAUGCUUAUUUCAAGGAUGGUUGGAAUAUUUUGGAUGGUUGUUUGGUGUUAAUAUCAUUGAUUAACGUUAUUAUGGAGAUUUUCGUUAGUGGAGAUUCACCCAAAAUAUUUGGCGUUAUUCGUGUUUUACGACUUCUGCGUGCUCUUCGUCCUCUACGUGUCAAACUUGUUGUCAUGACUUUAAUCAGCUCUUUAAAGCCAAUUGGAAAUAUCGUUCUCAUAUGUUGCACUUUCUUCAUAAUUUUUGGUAUUCUUGGUGUGCAACUAUUUAAAGGAACAAUGUUUCAUUGUGUUGGACCUCACGUUCAAAAUGUUAGUACGCGUUCUGAAUGUCUUAUUGAUCCUAACAAUCGAUGGAUAAACCAUCGAUAUAAUUUUGACAAUCUCGGCCAAGCAUUGAUGUCACUUUUUGUUCUUUCAAGCAAAGAUGGAUGGGUCUCAAUAAUGUAUCAGGGUAUUGAUGCUGUUGGAGUUGAUAUGCAACCAAUAGAGAAUUAUAAUGAAUGGAGAAUGAUUUAUUUUAUUUCUUUUCUACUUCUUGUCGGCUUCUUUGUUUUAAAUAUGUUUGUUGGUGUUGUAGUUGACAAUUUCCAUAAAUGCAAGGAAACACUCGAAGCAGAAAUGCGCGAAAAGGCACAAAAAAAGAAAAUGAAGAGACGCUUAAAACGUCAGCAAUUUGCCGAAAUUGAACUUAUUAAGAAGAAAAAAGAAAAAGUAAAAUCACAUCCAUAUUGGGCAAAAUAUGGACGAAGACGUGCAAUUAUAAAUAAUGUGGUUACAAGCAAAUACUUUGAUUUGGCAAUAUCUGCAGUUAUUGGAUUAAAUGUUGUUUCAAUGGCUAUGGAAUUUUAUAUGAUGCCAAAUGGUUUGAGGUAUUUAUUGAGAGCACUCAAUUAUUUAUUUACUGCUGUAUUUACGUUGGAAGCUGCAGCAAAACUUUACGCUCUUGGAUUUGGACGUUUCUUCGCUGAACGUUGGAAUCAAUUAGAUAUGUUUAUUGUACUCCUUUCUAUUGCUGGUAUUAUAUUUGAAGAAUUUGAAGCUUUAGAAUUGCCUAUAAAUCCAACAAUAAUUCGUGUUAUGCGAGUUCUUCGAAUUGCUAGAGUAUUAAAAUUAUUAAAAAUGGCAAAAGGCAUAAGAUCACUUUUGGAUACUGUUGGCGAAGCAUUACCUCAAGUUGGCAACCUUGGCUCACUUUUCUUCCUACUUUUCUUUAUAUUUGCUGCACUUGGCGUUGAACUAUUUGGACGAUUAGAAUGCUCUGAGGAACAUCCAUGUGAUGGACUUGGAGAACAUGCACAUUUUAAAAAUUUUGGAAUGGCUUUUUUAACACUUUUUCGUAUCGCGACUGGUGAUAAUUGGAAUGGGAUUAUGAAGGAUGCAUUACGAGAUGAUUGUGACCCCUCGGAUCGUUGUGAGAGAAAUUGUUGUGUGGAUCCAAUUUUAGCUCCUUGCUUUUUUGUUAUUUUUGUUCUUAUAUCGCAAUUUGUUCUUGUUAAUGUAGUUGUUGCUGUUUUGAUGAAACACUUGGAAGAGAGCACAAAAAGAGAUGAUGCUGCUGAAGGCAAGAAGGUUGAUUCGUCAUCACAAAAAGACGACGAUGAAAAUAAAAGUGAAGAAGAAGAUCAAAACGAUGAUGAGGAGGAGGAAGAUGAUGCCGAUCCACUAGGAAUUUCUGAGAUUGAGAGGGAUUUAAUAGAAGUUGAGGAAUGCCUAGUUCGUUCGGGACAACAAUCAGCAUCUUUAAGUCUUCCACGUCCAUCGCUCACCGUAUUCGAUGUUACCUCCCAUUUAAUGCCUAAAAAUGAUAAUAAAACUCUUCGUAGACAACGUUCUUCACCUAGUCAAAGGAUUAUGUCUCAACAUUCAUUUAAUUCUAAUUUUGAAGGCUCACUUCCUACAAAAAGAUAUUCAUUGCGCCAAAAAAUGCCUCUAGUAUCUUCUAAAUUUAAUGAAAAUGAUGGGGAUGAAGACGAAGAAGAAGAUACUUUAGCAAUUUUUGAUGAAGAAUUUGGAACAACAACGGAAAGGCAAAGUUUUGGAGCACCAAGUGAGGUAGUUUUAGCUGAAAUUGAAGAAAGGUUGGAGGAGGAUGAGUAA